AACAAACAUUGUACUGGGGACAAAACAGCAGUCUUACAGCUACCUGGCUUCGUCUUACACAGGAGUUAUUUCGGGACUAGGAACCCAAGAGUUGCACCAUCUUUUUCUCGUUUAAAGCGUUUUUCUUACAACAAAGACACAACAAGAGGCUGGUAUCUACAACCAACAGCUGCACUGGGACGACAACGAAAUGGGUUGGCUUGUUUGUGCUGCAGCUUUCCUGUUCUUCCUCGCAACGUCAAGUGUAACGUCACAACAAACACUGCGAGGGCCUGACGGGAGCGUGUGUUCCUCCAUAAAGUCACGGCAGGUCAGCGUUCUGGUGGAGACACGGCGGAAGCGGCAGUCCGGCAUCUGGGACGCUAUUGAGGAUGCUUUAGGGAUGUCCACUCCAAGACCCGGAAGCCUGCAGGUCCGGUACGUGCAGCAGUAUUAUGUUGACUACCACUGCUGCCCUGGAUGGAACACAAUUAACGACACGUGUCAAGGGUAG